GCCGACUCCAACGCGAGCUCUGAAAGGGGAUCGCGGUGCGCGCCGUCCUCGCGCUCCCCGGUGCGCGGAGGACUCGCACGUAGCCGCGGGCGGAGGAGGAGCAGAAAGCCUGCGCGGUGCGAGCAUUUCCUGAACGCAAGCGCACAUCCGAGCCGUCGCGGAGAUGUGUGGAGCGCAGGCGGUGGACGUCUAGGAGGGUGUCGGUCCCCGCUGCCUCCCCUACGGCCCCCCCCCGUGUCACCAUGGCUGAAUCUGGAGAUAACAAGAGUAGCGUCGGCCCACCGGUUGCCGGCCGGAAAGCUGCGUCAGGAGGGGCCGGAGCGAGCCCGGAGACGCGCCGAGGGGAGCCGGUGUCCAACGGAAGCUGCGGCGUGUCGGACACCGUGAGGAGAGUCCAAAACGAAUCCGGCUGCGAGUCCCCGACGUGGGAGAGCGCGGGAUCCGACGCGGCACCCAAAGCAAUCCCUCGACGCAGCAGUUUGAUCAAGGAUGGGUCACGUGCUGGUCGGGUGAGGAAGAAGACGGUGUCCUUCAGCAGCAGCUUGUCAGAAAAGAAGAUCAGCAGUGCUGCAGACUGCAUCCACUCCAUGGUUGAAGGGAUUGAGCUGAAGAAAGUCCGAACCAACUCCCGCGUUUACCAGCGUUACUACUUGCUGGACGCAGGCCUGCAAGCUCUGUGCUGGGAGCCUUCCAAGAAGGAGUCGGACAAAGCCCGCAUCUCUCUGGCCUCCAUACGAGAGGUGAGGACGGGUCGCAACACAGAAACCUUCCGCACCAGUGGAGUUUACGAGCAGAUUUCCGAGGACUGUGCGUUCUCCAUCAUCUAUGGAGAGAUGUAUGAAAGCCUGGACCUGGUGGCCAACUCCGCUGAGGUGGCUAACAUUUGGGUAACGGGCCUGAGGUAUCUGAUGCAGUAUGGGAAACAUGCCCUGGACAUGCUCGCCAGCAGUCAGGACAGCCUUCGCCUCGGCUGGCUGGAGCAGAUGUUCUUGUCUGCCGCUGACUCGGACGGACAGGAAGACGUCGAGGAAGGGAUCCGCUUGCAGUUGGCUGUUAAGCUGGUACAGAGCGUGAACCCCGGGGUCGGUGCCCGCAAAGUGGAGCACAGGUUCAAAGAGCUUCAGAGAGUUAGGGAGAAGAUGUGCGGGCUCACUCUAGAUAAUGGAUCUGGAGUUAAAGACCACGUCGAGAGCAAAAGGUUUAUAGGAAGAAAUGAGCGGGUCACCAGGCAGCAGUUCAUCGAGGUCUUCCAUGACUUCUGCACACGUCCCGAGAUCUACUUUCUGCUGGUGCAGUUCUCUAGCAACAAGGAGUUCCUGGACACCAAAGACCUGAUGAGGUUCCUCGAGGCUGAGCAAGGCAUGACUCAAGUGAGUGAGGAGGCCAGCUUGAAGCUCAUCCAGUCCCAGGAGCCAUCGGAGGAGGGCCAGCAGGAGGGAUACCUGUCACUGGACGGAUUCACCAGCUACCUCACCUCGGCAGAGUGCCACCUCUUCGACAAGGAGCACCACGGCGUGUGCCAGGACAUGUCCCAGCCUUUGUCCCACUACUACAUCAGCUCCUCCCACAACACCUACCUCAUCGAGGACCAGGUCCGAGGUCCGUCCGACAUCUCCGGCUACAUCCGUGCGCUAAAGAUGGGUUGCCGUUGUGUGGAGGUGGACGUUUGGGACGGCCCCGACGGGGAGCCGGUGGUGUGUACUGGAUACUCUCUCUCGCCACCGCUGGCCCUGCGUUGCGUGUUGGAAGCUAUCGGAAAAUUUGCGUUUGUCGCCUCGCAGUACCCGUUAAUUAUAUGUCUCGAGAACCACUGUUCCCUUCAACAGCAGAAAGUGAUGUGUCAGCAUCUCGUGAGGAUACUCGGGGAGAAGUUAUACAACGGUCCGCCAUGCGAAGGGGAGUCGUACUUGCCAUCGCCGCAUGCUCUAAGGCAUCGAAUCCUACUGAAGGGUAAAACGUUGGGGCCGGGCCCGGAUGGGGACGAAGGGGAGGUGAGUGAGGAGGAUGAAGGGGCAGAGAUGGGUCAACGGUUAAAAGCAGUUAACAUUGGAGUGGCGACGCCUGAAGCAAACGAGAAGGACAUGGUGCAGAAAAGUGGCUCUUUCACAGCGGCCGCUCCAUCUGAUCCUCUUCACGUCCUUCCUAAGCGGUUCCAACUCCUGAAGGAGCUCUCUGACCUCGUUACUCUUUGCCGCUCAGUCCGCUUCAUUGAUUUCCCCACGUCAUCUAAAAGCCAAAACCCCUGCGAACUGUGUUCCUUUCACGAGUCUCUGGCUGUGCGUCUCGCUGGCGAGAGGCCCGGAGACUUUGUCAACCACAACAAGCACUUCCUGUCACGGGUCUACCCCAGCCCCGCGCGCAUGGACUCCAGCAACAUGAACCCUCAGGACUUGUGGAAGUGCGGUUGCCAGAUUGUGUCCAUGAAUUUCCAGACGGCAGGACUGAUGAUGGACCUGAACACUGCCUGGUUCCGGCAGAACGGGAACUGUGGUUACGUCCUGCGGCCGGCCAUCAUGCGGCAGGAGGUGUCCUACUUCAGCGCGGACACCCGGGACACGGUGCCCGGUGUGUCUCCACAGCUGCUCCACGUGAAGGUGAUAAGCGGCCAGAACCUGCCCAAGCCCCGCGGUUCAGGGACCAAAGGAGACGUCGUGGACCCCUACGUGUACGUAGAGAUCCACGGUAUCCCCGCCGACUGCACGGAGCGCCGCACCAGGACGGUGACGCACAAUGGCGACAACCCCGUCUUCGACGAGAGCUUCGAGUUCCAGAUCAACCUGCCGGAGCUCGUCAUGGUCCGCUUUGUGGUGCUGGAUGACGAUUUCAUAGGCGAUGAGUUCAUAGGCCAGUACACCAUCCCCCUGGAGUGUCUUCAACCGGGCUACCGACACGUACCCCUCCAGUCUCUGACGGGGGAGGAACUCCCCCACGCCAAGCUGUUUGUGCACGUGGCCCUCACCAAUCGGAGGGGAGGUGGAAAGCCUCACAAAAGGGGGCUGUCUGUGCGGAAGGCCCGAAAGGGGAGGGACUACACAGCUCUGAGGGACUCGGGGGUCCGGGCUGUGGAUGAGGUUUUCAAGAUGGCCGCCCCUCCGCUGAGGGAAGCCACUGACCUGAGGGAAAAUAUGCAGAACUCGGUAGCCGUGUUCAAGGAGCUUUGCGGGGUGUCAGCGGUGGCCAACCUCAUGCAGUGCGUCCUAGCUCUGGGCUCCAGGGUGUCAGGACCAGACGGGGCGCCCUUACUGCUGUUCAACCUCCACGACCACUACCCCGCACUGGAGCCCCAGGGACCCCUGCCGGACGUCCUUCGCCGCGUGGUCUCCAACUACGAAAUGAUGGUCCAAGCGAGCAGAGCAGUGAUGGAGCUCUCCGAUGGAAUCCACGACAGGAUCCUACAGAUACAGACCAGAGCCAUGGAGUUUCACGAAAAGCUGCCGAGCCUGGCGGCGAAAGAGGGGCUGAGGGGUCGCAAGGUCAGUCGGGCUCUGGAGAGUUUCAGCUGGAACAUCACCAUCCUUAAGGUCAGAGACACACACACACACACGGCCCGAAGGGUUAUACCACCACCACGUGUUUUUUGGCCUCCGGCAGGUUACUCAUCGGUUUGCUCCCUCUCUCAGGGUCAGGCUGACCUGCUGAAGCACGCCAAAGCUGAAGUCCAGGAGAACACGAAGCAGGUCCACGAUGCCGCUUUAACCGGAAACCUCACCAAGGCGAGCGUGGGAGUGAAACGAGUCCGCUCCCAAACCCGACGAACCCAGGAGGACUGACCCGCCGCGGCAAGCAAAGCGAAAGAGGAAAUGACCAAAUCGCCAUCUAAAGCUGCUCCUACAAAACACUUUGAGUAAUUACAAUGUUCUGUGGUCCUGCUUUGCCUUAGUGUCAGACUUUCCUUUUAAAACCGCUUUAAAAUGCAGCCGCCCGGUCUCAGAGGACACUGGACAGCAGUCAGAUCGCCGCAGACAAGGACUCAGGGGAUAAGUGACGCCGGGAAGCUGAAUGCAGUCAGUCAGCCAAGGUUCAUCUUUCAGCAUUCGACUGCAAAUACAAAACCCGUACGUCGACCUCUUCUGCUGUGCAAGGUGUCUCGAAGUGAGAACCCGAAGCUCGGCAUGAAAAGUAAUGAAAAUGUUUGUCGCCUUCACACGCUAGCAGCAACCAUUAUAAGCCAUGACUAGGAUUCCAGUCAUAACUGUGACAGGGUGUGUUUAAAUGGGACAUUCUUUGAUUAUAGGAUGUUUGUUACUUUAAACUUGUCACUUUAUCUCGCCACGAAAGCCCUCCAGCCUCUAAAUAUUAUGACAUACAAUUCUAUAUUUUUAUAUUUUCCUUCAUUCCUCGUGCUAAUCAAACCAGUUACCCGCCAGAAUGAUCAACUCCGGAUCUGUAGACGUCUGCCUCCAAGGAACAAAUACUGUUGUGUUAGAAGUCCUUACGGUGUGUGCGCAAAACACUGUACAGUAUUUUACUAUGUAGUAUCGAUCCCUUUGCUGUGAAGAUUAUUUAAGAUAAGUUAUUGAUCCUGAAUGAAAUCAUUUCAGGCAGUAGAUGAGGCUCGACCCGGUCAGCUCCGCGAAAGGUUGCAGUUCACCAUUAGCUUCCUUCAACGUCGGGAUGGAAAUAAACUCGUUUUGUUUUUUUUAAA